GAUUUGAGAGAAUCUUUGAGGUCAAAAUGGACGGACCAGCAAGGGAACUUGCAUUCCUCAUUCUUGUCCUUGUCCGUGUGUCCCGCCAAGCCAAUACCAUUACAUGGUGUGUAGUCUCUGAUGCAGAAGAGCAGAAAUGUCAGGACCUUGCCAGCAAUGCCACAGCCAGAAACAUCCGUGGCACACUGCAGUGCACCAGGGGCUAUGAUGCUAUAGACUGCAUGGUGAAAAUUAAGAAUGGCACAGCGGAUGCUGCCUCGAUGACCCCUGAUGACGUCUACACCGCUGGCUGGUGCCACGGGCUGGAGGUGGCAGCCGGGGAGUCCUACAAUGGAGAGGAUGGUAUCAGUUACUAUGUGGUUGCUCUGGCCAGGAGGUCCUCCAGUGACCUCUCCCUGCUGGAGAUGCAUGAGCGUAGUUCCUGCCACCCUGGAAUCCGCACCACUGUGGGCUGGACCGUACCUAUCGGCUUUCUGGUCAACUCCACACAGAUCAGUGUGGAUGAGCAGUGCAACUUCCCCCGGGUGGUGGGUGAAUUCUUUGGUUAUAGCUGUGUCCCCGGAGUGAAGGACCCGGAACACGACCCUAGAGGGAGGAACCCCAAGAACCUUUGUGAAGCCUGCAUCGGGGACGAGAACGAUCGGCACAUCUGCGCCAACAACCCCCGGGAACGGCACUUUGGGGAGGCAGGGGCUUUGAGGUGUGUGGCUGAAAAUCUUGGCGAUGUGGCCUUUGUCAAACACACAACGGUCUUCGACAACAUACAGGGUAAAAACCAGGAAUCCUGGGCACUGGACAUGGAGAUGGAGGACCUGAAGCUGCUGUGCACGAACGGGAUGGACGGCUCGCUCUUCGACCACAAGACCUGCCACCUGGCCGCGGUGCCCACCAACGCUGUGGUGGUGCGCCUGGAGGACAAGUGCCGGGUCUACAAGUUCUUGGAGCGCGUUCAGACGGCGUUUGGUAACGCCACGCAGGGAUUCUCCCUCUUCAGCUCGGUGGCCUACGGGAACACAGACGUCAUGUUCAACGAUGCGACCAAGACCGUGCUGAAGGUGGUUGGUGGUUACACGUCAUGGCUGGGGCCCACCUACACCAGUGCGCUGCAGGCCUUCGAAUGCGAAGGUUUGUGUUGAUGGGAUCGGAGGACCUACCGAC